UCACGGGAACGGUCCUCAGAAAAGUAGACGUUAGAGCUUCCAACGGCUAUUUUCGUUUUAAACUUCAAAACCAAAAUCGCCUUUGUUUCUCUUGAAUCUCUAAUUAAUUCUGGGAACAAAAAACCCUAGAAAUCUUGUUCUCCUUAACAAUGACUCUUACACCUUCUUCAAAAUCGUAUCAAGUGCAAUUCAAAACCCCACAAUCGAAGCAGCGCCUCCACUUCACCGCCGGGAGGACACCGCAGACACACCCUUCUCACAAUCCCUCAAACUCUCUCAAAGAAACGGCACCUCUAGACCAUCCAAUCGAAGUUAUUGGUCGGAUUCGAAACUCACUUGACAAACAGCAAAUCUCUAAUUCCAUCUUCAAUGUCAACCCGGAUCGACAAACUGUCCGGGUCCGUGCUGAUAUGGGGUAUAGGGAUUUCGUUCUUGACGGGAUCUCUUUAUCAGAGGAAGAAGAUCUUGAAACUUUCUACAAGAAGUUCAUUGAGGCAAGAAUUAAUGGGGUAAAGCUGGGAGCGAAGUGCACCAUAAUGAUGUAUGGACCCACAGGCUCGGGCAAGAGCCACACGAUGUUUGGGAGCGGAAAACAGCCAGGGAUUGUUUACCGGUCACUGAAGGAUAUAUUGGGAGAAGGGGAGGAGGUGAGGAGUGAAGGGAAUGAGGAAAGGAUGGAUACUGCUGCUUUUGUGCAAGUGACAGUGCUGGAGAUAUACAAUGAGGAGAUAUAUGAUCUUUUAUCCAGCAAUGGUGGAGGUGGGUUUGGGAUUGGUUGGCCCAGAGGAGGCAGUGGAUCUAAGGUGAGACUUGAGGUUAUGGGCAAAAAAGCGAAGAAUGCAACUUUUAUAUCUGGAAACGAAGCUGGUAAGAUUUCAAAAGAGAUACAGAAAGUGGAAAGGAAGAGGAUUGUUAAAAGCACUCAAUGUAAUGACAGAAGUUCACGAAGCCAUUGCGUGAUAAUCCUUGAUGUCCCAACAGUUGGAGGUCGGCUGAUGCUUGUGGACAUGGCAGGUUCUGAAAAUAUUGAGCAAGCUGGUCAGAUGGGAUUUGAAGCUAAAAUGCAGACAGCAAAGAUUAACCAAGGAAAUGUAGCACUUAAAAGAGUGGUUGAGUCCAUUGCAAAUGGAGAUUCACAUGUCCCCUUCAGAGACAGCAAGUUAACCAUGCUUCUCCAGGAUUCUUUUGAGGAUGACAAGUCAAAGAUUUUAAUGAUACUGUGUGCAAGCCCCAACCCCGCGGAAUUACACAAGACUAUCUGCACGCUUGAAUAUGGAGCAAAAGCAAAAUGCAUUGUCCGUGGUCCUCAUUCACCAAUUAAGGAUAAAAAUGGAGCUGAAGAUUCAUCUGCAGUUAUUUUAGGUUCCAGAAUAGCUGCCAUGGACCAGUUUAUCUACAAGCUGGAAAUGGAGAAAAAGCUCCGGGAAAAGGAGAGGGAUGAAGCACAGAAACAACUUUUGAAGAAAGAAGAACAAAUUGCAGCACUAAGAGCUCGUAUUGAAGGGAAGGGAUCUGGGGCUACUGAAGAAGAGAUCAAUAUGAAGGUGAAUGAGCGAACACAGAUGCUAGAACUUGACUUGGAAAAGAAGUUGCAGGAGUACCGGAGAAUGGUGGAUGAGCUUGUUGAAAUUGAGAAGAGGAGGAUGGAAGAGAGGAUGCUGGAACAGCAGGAGGAAUGUGAAAUGCUAAGAAGAAGGUUGGAGGAAGUUGAGUUACAAUUAUGUAGUUCAAGGGAUGGUAAACCUGAUGAAAAUGGGUCAAGCGAUAUGGAUGGGAAUAACUUUGCAAGAAGAAUAUUAAGGGCUUAUGCCAAUGAAGAGCCAGGGAUGGUAAAAUCCAUGGACUUGGAUAUGGAUGAUCAGGAACCAUUUGUUGGUGAUGUGACACAUGUAAACGGUGCAAUUCAUCAAUAUAAAAACAGUGCCAUCCAAGGCUUUCUUACUGCUAAUCAGGUGGCUGACCAUGUUGAUGGCUUUGCAGCAAAAUUUGGAGAUAAAGUAAGUUUGAGCACUGUUUUUGAGGAGGAAGAAGCAGAAGACGAGGCGGAACAUCAAGUGAAUGUUGAGGAUGAAGAAGUAGAAAAGGAAGUUAUAGAGGUAAAGAUGGUGUGUUCAAGCCCCAUAGUCAAUUUUGAUGCAGGAUACUUGACAUCUUCUCCUCAGAAAUUUGAACAAAUGCCUCAACUUUCUGGCACAAAACUAGGGGAAGAAAGCUGUGGAAGAGAGAGCUCAAGGGAUAGACGUUUAAGAAUUCAGAACAUAUUUACACUUUGUGGGAAUUACAGGGAGCUGUCUCAACAUAUCGGAACUCCAGUGCCUGCUAAGAAUAGGCCCAGGGACAUUGAUUCUCAAUCUUCUCCAGUUUUGUCAAUGAAGGUGGAUUCUUCUAACAAGGAAAACACACCAGUUCAGAAAAUUGUGAGUAUGGGCCUCAACAGAGCAAAAGUAGCAGGAGCGGAGGCAACAACAUUGCAGGCCAUCAAACACCAGGAUGGUCAUCUCCCAUUAACUUCACUGGAGAGCAAACUUUCACUCACUCAAAGCCCUCAAUACUCACAGGUGAUUAUUUAUCACCACACUUGAGUUCUACACCCUUUAUCACUGUCAGAAGACGUUAGCUCUCGUCAUGAAGGCAGCUAUGGAUAUCUAUAUUUUGUCAAGAUAUGAAGUAGGAUGAGUAUAUCUGCAUAUGUACUCACCGGUAUAAUAUGUUGUAUUGAAGUUCAGAGUUGCUUGUAUAAUGGAGUUCUAAAACUACUGGCUUUUGGCUACUGAAUACUGAUUAGUGUUAUCCACUUAUCUUUCAGUUU